ACCGGAAUCUAAUCCUGACAACGCUGAGCCCGAACCCGCCAACGCUCAUGCCAACGUUGAACCCGAACUCCCCAACACUAAACCCGAACUCGCCAACGCUCAUGCCAAUGCCGAACCAGAACAUGCCAACACUGAGCCCGAACUUGCCAACGCUGAUCCCGAACGUGACAACCCUGAAAACCUUGAGCGCGAAUUUGAGCCCGGUUUAUCUUUAUGCGAAAAAUCUUACGGCUGGAAGAAAAGAAUAAACAAUUUGAAAAAUGAAUAA